ACAACUCAGUCAACAUGGCGGAGGGUGGGUCCGACCGCGAACAGUCGUCGGUAGAUGGCGCCAUGCGUCAGUCCCUGGACUCCCACUUACUGGAAUGUCCUAUCUGUCUGGAGCAGCUUCGACAACCGAAAUCCCUGCCUUGUCUACAUUCGUUUUGUCUGGAAUGCCUGGGUAGCUACAUCACUAAGGAGUUGUCAGGUAAGAUGGCGUCAGUGUCGUCUUUCUCCUGUCCUGUGUGCCGGAAGGUCACGGAACCGGUGAACCAAUCAGAAGGUAAAGAGAGUUGGGCCGAGCAAUUCCCCACCAACAAUCUGGCGGUCGAAAUAAUCCAGCAAUUACAAAAGACGGAUAACCCGAUCACGUGCAAACCAUGUGAAAAGAAAGGAAACUUGAAUAACCAAGCCAGGUUCUGGUGUAAGCUGACCAACACUUACUUCUGUGAAGCCUGCAAAAUCAGUCAUCAUGAUUUGUUUCAUGAAGAAUGUGACCCGCAAGACAUCUCUGAAGUAAACGUGUCGGUUAUACUACAACAGAAGGCCUCAGUCAAUGGAUGUGGAAAGCACGAGGAGAAGAUGGAGUAUUACUGUGAAGAUCAUCAAAUUCUGGGAUGCAGCAAAUGCAUCAUCUUGGAUCACCGGAAGUGUGAAUUGGUGACGUCAGCAGAGGAUUACCGGGACAAGUUGAGGAAAAGCUCUAAGAUCGACGAUCUGCUGGAGGAACUUCGGAAAAGUGCAGACGCCAUGGAAAUACUGAUAAAAGAUGUUGGAGAGCAACUUAAAACCAUGACACUAGAUCAGGACACUGCGCUGCAAAGUUUGACCGACAUACGCAAACAGAUCGACGAGCGGUUCAAUGUUCUACAGAAAGAUCUCACAGACAAACUGAUAUCAGCCUUCAAAGAAGAAAAAGAAAACCUGGAGAUAUCGAGACAGCAAUGUGAACGGCUGAUGUUCUCUAUACAGAACACGCUCACGUCAUCCGAGGAUGCAGCCUUGGAGGAUGACACUGUUGGAACGAUAUGUCUGUUCCAGAGAGGACAGGCGGAGGUCGAAUCAUGUAAGGAACUCAUUAAGGAGUUGGAGAGGUCGUCUAGAUACACCAGUAUCAAAAAUGAAUAUGACACGGACUUACUAUCCGUCGGCAACAUCACCAGCCUAACUAUGGGGAAAAUAGUCGUUAACCAACAGCGAAGGAGACUGCCAUCUACUGUGUAUAGCAGCAUAGUACCGUUGUCGGAAUGUCAGUUAAAGAUGACGGGGAAGUUCACUAUCAAAGUUGCUUCAGAUAAAAAUGACUGUAAGCCGUAUGGAGUUGUAUUCCUACCUGGUGGUCGUAUUGUUGUCGGAGACAAAGCAAAUCAAAAGAUGAAAUUAUUUACAGAUAAAGGGGAUUUUAAAUUUGAGCUUGAACUGACGGAUGCAUCCUGUGAUCUUUGUAGAAUUGAUAACAACACUGUGGCAGUAAUGCUGCAAAAGGUCAAAACAAUAUGUAUUGUCGAUGUCGGGGAGUCUACCUUGACAGUUUCAUCGAAAAUCAAGAUUCCAAAGCUUGAUGAAACCUGUCUUGGAGUCACAUACCACAACAACUAUUACACUGUCGCUACAACACAAUCACUUUAUAGUGUACCAGCAAGCGGUGGUGAACCUAAACAACUUCUCACAAUAGGAUCAAAAUGUUUGUACCUCGCAAGCAAUCAGAAGAAUGGACACGUCUUUGCUAGUAUCCAUACCUCUACCCCAGACAAGGUGGCCGUGAUCCGACUGUCGGACGAUACACACACAGACAUACUGAAUGCCGGGUUCGUGAAAGGUACAACAGGAAUAGAUGUGGACAGGGAGGACAACGUGUAUGUUUGUGGGUGGAGUUCAAACAACAUAAUGCAGAUGUAUGGAGAUGGAACAAAAGUCAGGGUACUGCUGACGUCAACAGAUGGUAUCAAACGACCGAGAGCGAUAUCCGUGAUGGGUGACGAAAUGGUGAUCACAAACGAAUCGGCUGACCAAAAGAACUUUGUACACAUCUUCAAGCUUGUUUGAAUUCUAAAACAGCAACUGAUAUUGUAUUGAUAGGUAAUAAACAUGAUAAAAGAUCGUAUUUCGACAGAAUGAACAUGUUUGGGACGAAACUACAUGCGAAGAAAAUUGAGCCAUUAUACAAGCCAUAACAUAUGAAUGGUAGGGUCGUAGUGUUUAGUUUUAUGUAACCCUACUAUCCGCCUUUUUAAUAGUGGUUUAUGACUGUGUAUUGAAUAGUAUAUAUCAUAUUUACGUGAAACAGGCAUCAGUCAAAAAGACUUACAACUAUAGCACUCAUUGUCUUCUUACCUUACCUGCCCCUUCCCCUUCAUACACACACCUUGAUAAGGUAUCCCUUUUUUAAGCAUUUAAACACAAGCAGAAAAAAAAUGUAGAAUUUAAAGUUCCAAUAACAUUCCAAGCAACCAUCAAUCCUUUCAUAACUGCAAAGUUGUGUUAAUAUAUCGUUUAAUCACAUCUAUUUUAGCAAAGCAUUAAAAUUGGUUAACAUCAAAUAAGUUAAUGGAAAGUUCUUUGUUUUAACAAACUUUAACUUAAUUUUUAAUUUUUAAGGGUUUCUUUACAGGGUCAAAUUAAGGUAUAAGUNCCC